GGAGCAGCUGGUGGGUUUGAACUGUCGACCUUGUCUUUAGCAGCCCAACCCUUAGUCAACAGCGCAAACUACAGCGUUGUAUAUGUAGGAAGACCCCUGAUAGAGAAAGGGGGUCCACAGUGCCAAGAGGUUAAGAGGAAGGAGAGUGGGUCCUUAGAGGUGACCGAAAGUAGGUUUUUGAUGACCCCUGUGAGCAUUUGAAGUAGUGAGGCAGAGGCAAGAAGUCAGACUUUGAGGCAAAGAGGUCAAAUAUAGAUUAGAAAGAAGGCCUCGGAGUGUGGAUUACUUUUUUGGUAAGUUUGGUGAUGAACAGAGGCUAAGAAACAAGGAGCCCCAAGCAUCCGUUGGAGGUUAUUGUGCGGUAAGGAAAGUGAUACAAUACAUACAAGUUCCUGAAAGCCAAGAAAAGAGAGCCAGCGGGGAGGAGCUGAAUGAAUGGGCCGUAGGUAUAAAGUAAGUGGUGGUUCUGGAGAUGGGACGGAAGGGCAGCCGGGGGAGAAGCGGAGUUUCAUUCUUCCAGAAUUCGGCCUGCUUCCUUCGCAGCUGUCAUAAACUAGGAAUACAGCUUCCCCAAACCUGUCGAACUCCUCUUACACUGGAUCCUGACUCCUCUCCCCAGUUCGGACACAGCAGCUCCAGAACCUAGUGCAGGUUCUCUGAGCCUCUGUUUUCUCCUUAGUAAGACCUAGCUCAUGAUGCACCUCCUCACAGUGCUGCGGAGAGCCCGUUCCUACCAAAGCUGAUGCUGCUUCUCAGGUAUUGAUCUAGGGGAUAGCCCCUUUGACUGGGUGGUGGGGUUGGGCAAGUGAACAGUGAUGUCACAAUGCCGUACUAGAGUCUAGCAUCUUCACCAGAGAGCUGUGGAUCCUUUGGAGCUGAAGACUAGAACUGCCAUGCAGGGCUUCCAGCAACUAAGGGUUUCAUGAGCACGCACCUCUGCCAAAACCCUGGUGAAUAAUCUCUCACUGUGCAAUUGCGUCUUAGAAAUUUUUAUUUUUGGUCAUGAUUGUACUUGGUUGGAUGCUUUUUGUUGGCCUUGCAUGUUACAUGGGGGCGUUUCCAGAGUCCAUGCCUCCAACUCUGAAGUGGAAAGAGAAGUGUUCUAUUCAGGAGAGCAAGGCCCAGCUGAGGAGCCGGGCUUUGGAUGAAGACCUGCAACUGUGCUAGACUCCUCCAUUGACAGAGAAUCCGUUAGCACCCGAUACCAGUGGAGAGCUCAUAACCUGUGAAAGAAUUUCUGUGAGAGCAUUGGCCCAAAGCAAGCGCUCCGUGAAGAUGGGGAUGUGAAUGGAGGCUCUGUGGCUACUUGUUGAGCGAAGCCACUGCUACAGGGACGAUGUGGAAGGGAUAUAAGUAUCCUCCGGGAGGGAACCCGGUGGAAAUAACUAGAGAUGAUCCUGGCGAAGUCAUGCAGCUCUGAAGCUCACCUGACAGCUUUCCAGUUCCUGUGUCACAUAAAUCUCUGAACGUCCUCACUUCACACAUAAGGCUGCUGAGACCCGUGGUGCCCUGGCCUCCAAAGGGACACACUGCAUCUAUAGUUGAGAGAAAAUACAAAGUUCUGAAAGUAGCCCUAACAGAAAGUGUCCUUGCUUUGACAGCAAGGUCAAAGGCAAGCGGACUGUGCAAGCAGAGCCACACACGUUUUAUGAAAACUACUUUCCUUUCACGUCAUUUGUGUUCGAGAAUGCUGCACCCAUGAUCAUGUAAUGAUAUCGCAACCGUGAGAUAACAUUACUACAUUCGUGAUUUAACAUUAUCCAAUGAAAGGCACAUCUUCAAAUAUUGAAUUAAGAACAUCUGAAAAUCAAAACAGGCAAGGAUACAUUAAUAAUCAAGCACUUAAUUUGUAAACUUUAAUAAAAUUAUCAGCCUAUUCCAAUUUCUCCCAAAGGCUUGUGAGCUUUUCCUAAGAAUGGUCAGAAAGUGCAGAACAAAAUGGAAGACAAGAAUCAGAAACAAGGCCAAGAUAAAGUUAAAGGCUUGCUCGGGAAUUUUGCUGGUUUUUUUGUUGGCUUGGUUUUGUCUUUAGCUAUGGGAAUGUCCUUUUAGGAUGCUGAUACAGGGGGUUUAUUAAAAUCAACAUCUGCCAUACAAGACAUUCACUCAGAAGUGGACAGAACAGGACACAACCUGACUCUUCCCAUCAAGUUCUGGAAUUUGAAUAUAGCACAAUGGUGCCUUGUGUACAAAUCAGCUGCACAUUAUUGAUUAAAGUGCUAGUCAAAUUUAAGCUACCACAAAUCUUUCGGUGAAGACAAUCACUUGAUUGUUAAUUACAGAUGCCAAAGAAUCUGAAUAUCCAAAAAUAUAUACAGGGAGAAAACGCUUGAUGGGCGAAAUAAAGCACAUCAACGAUGGCAAAGAAGACAGUGUUCCGAGCCGCCUCUUCCCUGGAACCGCAUCCAGCACUCACAUGCAUCCCACUGAGGGGGAGACCAGCAGCACUGACUUCCUGGAACAGUCCGCAUGGAAAAUUGUUCCUAGUGAUGGCACCUCUCACCAGAUUCACCUUCAAAAUUACAUCUUUGUCCUUUCAAAAUCUGAACUCAUUAUUAAAAACUAAUGUCUGAAAGGACCCGGUUACACGAUCCCAUCUAGAAGUGCUAACAAUGGCAAUCUGAUACCCAAACUUGAAAAACACAGACUUCCUGGAUAAAAAGGCAUUCAUUCACAAGAAGCUUGGGUCUUUCUGAAGACUUGGGAUUCAUUGUAGGGGCAGCCCCUCCUACUUCUCAUCUCCACCCUCCAAUGGCCUCAGGGAGCCACAUGGUUGAAAAGAGAACUAUUUUACAAACUCAGUCAAGGACAAAUGCUUUCUAGCAUUAUAGUUUCUCUUCUCUGAUUGGAAUUGCUUGUACUUGAGCCUCUCUAGACACCAAGCCUACAGAUAAAGGAGGGUUGGGUAUGAAGAAAGUUCCACCAUCCUGGGGGACGUUCUUUAAACUUUUCUACCGAGGACAAUCUCUUCACAGUGCAUAGUGUGAAAUAAAAGUGCAACGUGGGCAAAAAAGUGGUGGUCUUGAUUCAUACGAAUUUCAUUUUUGGUUUUUUUGCCACUACUAUUUGCUAAGGAAGUGAAGAUAAAAAUGCAAAGUCAUUAACAUCAAGGGCACCAUGGGAUUUCAACAUAUGUCUAUGAUGAGGAUGAGAAGGGUGGGGGUGAUGGGCACCUCAAAUGUAGCUUAUUUUAAAAAACUAUUU